AUGUUCAAUCGCGGUGGUAAUUUGAACCCAUUCGGCUCCAAAGGCGAUUCCGGGCAGCCGUCCCCACAGGGUUACUCGAACCCCAACCAAGCACCCCCACGGUAUGAUAAUAAUCGCAGACCUUUGUUCAGUGCAGGAUUUGCAGCUCCUGUCCGCGAUUACGAUGUACCGAUGACUGAUGCGUUUGUUGAUCAAAGGGGAUAUGGCGGCCCACCACCUGCAGGAAGACCACAGCAGAUGCCAUCUAGAAUGCCAGCAGGACAGAGGGGCCCCGGUCCGACUUGGACUCUUCAACCAAGCAAGAGUCCGAACGACAACUACACCUUCGGUAAUCUUGUCGCGGUUUCGCCCCAAGAUAUCCCACCUUCACGAGAUGGCGCCGAUGUCCUCCUCCUCAUCAAUGAUCUCUACGUGUUCUCCGCUCGCCCUCUCGAUGGAUUUCCUCCCGGUCUCAUGAGCAUGUCUGACCCUCAGCGAACUUGGGCGAACAUUGGACUGAGAGAUGCGAUCAAGGUGCAGCUAUAUGAUCCGUUCAGCCAAGGUGGGCAGGCCUAUCUGGGCUCUGCGGAUAUUGAAGUCAGCUUCGCAUCUACCAAGAAGCGCGUCGAGGCUCCUUAUGAUCAAGAUGAUUUGGCAAAGGCCGUGAUCAAGAACUUUGAGAAUCAACUCUUCUCCCCCGGUCAGAAAAUCUUGAUGGACCAUAAGAGUAUUCCCCUACUUCUACAAGUGAAGACCGUUCAGCGGGUUGACUUGACAUCCGAGAAGGUUGACCUCAGCUCUGGCGAGGUUGAAACUAACCCAGCAGCUCGAGGUAUUCUCACCCGUCAUACUCAACUUAACUUCUUCAAGGAUGCUCAAACUGGCAUCAAUGUGAAGGCUUCUAAUCGCCGCCCAGCGGCCAACUCCAUCAUUCAGCCCGGCUUCAAGUUCGAGGACAUGGGCAUUGGUGGUCUGGACUCAGAGUUCAGUACAAUCUUCCGUCGUGCUUUCGCGUCUCGUAUCUUCCCUCCUGGUCUGGUGGAGAAAUUGGGCAUUCAGCACGUUAAGGGUCUUUUGCUCUAUGGACCUCCUGGCACAGGUAAAACCCUGAUUGCUCGGCAGAUCGGAAAGAUGCUCAAUGCCAGAGAGCCCAAGAUUAUCAACGGUCCCGAAGUCUUGAACAAGUACGUGGGUCAGUCAGAAGAGAAUAUUCGAAAGAUGUUCGCAGAUGCCGAAAAGGAGUACAGAGAAAAGGGCGACGAGAGUGGUCUUCACAUUAUCAUCUUUGAUGAGUUGGAUGCCGUCUGCAAGCAACGUGGCAGUGGAGCUGGUGGUGGCACCGGUGUUGGUGACAGUGUAGUCAACCAGCUUCUGUCUAAGCUGGAUGGUGUUGACCAGUUGAACAACAUCUUGUUGAUCGGUAUGACCAACCGAAUGGAUAUGAUUGAUGAAGCCCUGCUGCGUCCUGGUCGUCUGGAGGUGCACAUGGAGAUCUCGCUUCCAGACGAGCACGGUCGAAGCCAGAUUCUCAACAUCCACACCGAAAAGAUGCGGAAUAAUAACGUCAUGGAUGUCGAUGUCGAUCUGGCCGAGCUUGCUCACUUGACCAAGAACUUUUCUGGUGCCGAGAUUGCGGGUCUGGUCAAAUCAGCUUCGUCCUUUGCAUUCUCGCGUCAUGUCAAGGUUGGUACCAUGGCCAGUAUCAAUGACGACGUGGUGAAUAUGAAAGUCAACCGUGCCGAUUUCCUUCAAUCACUUGACGAAGUGAAGCCCGCCUUUGGUGUCUCUGAGGAAGAACUGUCCAGCCGCAUCCAGUAUGGCAUCAUGCACUACUCUCAGACUAUCAAUGAAAUCCUACGCGAAGGCGAACUAUUCGUCAAGCAAGUCGGUCAGGCCGAGUCAACGCCCCUCUUCUCUGUUCUGCUUCACGGUCCUACCAGCAGCGGCAAGACUGCCCUGGCGGCACGUAUUGCCAUCGACUCCGGCUUCCCCUUCAUCAAGCUUAUCAGCCCAGAGGACAUGGUUGGCUUCAGCGAGCCCGCCAAGAUCUCGCACAUCAGCCGGAUCUUUGACAGCGCUUAUAAGAGUCAGACAAGUAUUGUUGUCAUCGACAACAUCGAGCGAAUCAUCGAUUGGGUGCCGAUCGGUCCUCGCUUCAGUAAUAGCGUACUGCAGGCGCUCAUGGUCUUCUUGAGGAAGCAGCCCACCCACGGGCGCCGCUUGUUGGUUUUGGCUACUACUACUGAACGUGCCUUGAUGAAGCAGCUGGACAUUUACAAUUCGUUCAACUCCGAUAUCAUGGUUCCCAACGUUAGUUCCUUUGGUGAGUUGAAAUAUAUUAUGGAACAAUCAGGUGCAUUUGAUGCCCAAGAGAUCGCAAGUGCCCUUGAGAGCAUUGGUGGUCUUGCUGAUGAUGGACGCGUCAGUGUCGGUAUCAAGAAGGUCCUCUUGGGCAUUGAGACGGCUAAGCAGGAUUCUGAUAAGGUUGGCCGAUUUGUUCGUGUUAUCAACCGAGCCAUUGAGGAAGAACAAAGCUUCCAGUAA